AAUAUUAGUUAAAUUAGAUUUGGAUACCAAAUGUUAUUUUCGUCGAUCUUGUGCGAAAAAAGUAUUUCAAUCAAAUGGUGAUUAGCAUCUCUACUGACUUAACGUAUUUCAAGCAAUUCUAUUUAUAUGACAUGGGAUGUUCUUCGAGAAUUCGUGUAUUGACUAUGGUUAUUUACUAACUGGAUGUCCAUUAUUAUUAAUUUUUAUAAGAUAAAGCUCCGCUAAAUAUACGGUAAUUAGGAAUUUCAGUAUUUGCGUAUAUAUUGCUUUCUGAUAACCAAGCAAUCAGGAUUUCAAAAUGGAGGACAAAAUACCCGUCGAUGGAAUGGCUCACUCAUCUGAAUUACUUAAAGAGUUGAACAAUUUGAGAAAACGUGGUGAGAACUGUGAUUUCAUAAUUCGAGCAGGAGAUCUGGAAUUGCCAGCCCAUAAGAAUGUUCUUAAAGCAAGUUCUCGUUAUUUUAGAGCAAUGAUGGCUCAUGAUAAUAUUGAAACUCAGUCUGGUGAAGUUGAAAUCAAAGACGCUGAUCCAGAAUGUGUGAUGAAAUGUAUUGAUUUCAUUUACACUGGAGAGGCUGCUAUAACAGAAGAGAAACGAGGAGAACUGAUGCAUGUUGCACAUAUGAUGGAAUUGCAAAGACUCUGUGAUGCGAUUGUUCUUUUCCUUGAAGAUAGUUUGAAUGUAAAAUCCUUUUUUGUCACAAGAAGCUUAGCUGAUAUUUACAGCUGCAAACAAUUGGAAAAAGUUUGUGAUCAAUUUGCUCUGGAACAUUUCAGAGACAUUGCUUUGUUGGAGCAGUUUUAUGAAUUAGAUGAUGAAUACAUUAGGUUUCUCAUUGGAUCGAAAAAGACACAGGCAAAUGAAGCAGUUAAAUGCAAAACGCUAUUGCGUUGGGCAGAAGCUGACAUUGAAAAUCGAAAAGAAAGCUUUAGGGAAAUGUUUAACAAGAUGGGAUUGAUGAAGAUUCCUGCAAGUUACAGAAGAUAUAUGUUGGAAAAUGAGAAUUUGGUGAAAAAUUCAAUGGAAUUCUACAAUAUAGUGACAACUUCUCUACUUGAUAGUUGGAACUUACAAUCCAAGGAUAUCAAUAUUGCAAGCAAAGACGUACUGGUUGUAUUUGAAAAUACUACUAGGAAACUGUAUGGUUAUGACGUAAAACGUAGAACCUGGAACGGCAUGCAGGCAAUAGAGGACAGAAUUCUAGGCACCUAUGCGUCAGCAGCUCAUCUUGAUGGAAUUCUUUAUGUUUUUCUACCUUCAUACUCAGUGUUCAAAAUAGACUUGCGUGAUGCUGAAAGCAAUUGGCAACGAAUGGCAAGCAAGUAUCUAGGAACUGGACCAGUCGCAAUUUUGAAUGGUCUCAUGUAUACAAUUGAUUACGGAAAUUUCAGCAGAUCUUGUGAAUGCUAUGAUCCAUCUGCGGAUAAAUGGACUCAACUUCCUGAAAAGCCAAGCAACGUUGCAACUGAAGCAUUAGUAGCAGCUGAAGGUCAAAUUUUCUGCAUUGGAGGAAGUUAUAUUCGCCAUCGAUCUCAUGUAACUGAAAAUCAUUCAACAGAUGCUGUUGAAAAAUAUAAUCCAGCAACGGCAUCUUGGUCCACUGAUAGCAAACUCAACAAAGCAAGACAGGCUGCCGCUGCUACUUAUCUCAAUGGAAUAUAUGUAAUAGGUGGGAGCAGUUCAGGUUCAGUUAAUAAUGAUGUUGAAUUCCGAUGUCCUGUUGCGAAAACUUGGACAACGCUUACAGAAACAAUAGUUCAUUCCAGACGAUUGUUUAAUGCAGUCAAUAUUGAUGGAAAGAUUUAUAUCAUAGGAGGAUGCUCAAGUGAUGAAAUAGAAGAAUAUGAUCCUGAAGUAAGGCAAUGGAGAAUAGCUGGAACAAUGGAAGGUUUUUUCAUUGAACAAUUGGCAGCCGUUGCUGUUGUAAUAUAAAACAAUAUCACAAGGAUAUUCAACAUUUAUAUAUUUUGUAGUGAAUGUGUGCGCACUUGAUCUUUAUCUCCUGUGGUUCCGAAUGUCUACUUUCUCUGACUAUUGUAAAAUUCAUAUAGAUACUCCUGAAGUAUGCAACCUGAGUUCAGGUUGUGUGCCAUCUUGGUGCGCAUACUUCAGGAGGUCAGUGUGUAAUAAUUAUAAGGAAAAAUUGGAAAUCCAUCAGUUUAAGCUAUACUAACCAUGGACAAAGAUGUUCAUGUGCAUGGUAAUUUGACCUUCAAUUUUUUUGUAUUUUCAAUUUAGAUUACCUACUGGCAAACACAUUUUUAAAAUGUAUUUUUCUCUGUAAUGGAUUUUGCAGUCUAUGAUAUUACAACAUGUGUAUGAACCAAAUGCAUUUUAUUAGCAUUUCACUUUUUGUAUUCCACUGCUAUGGUGCUUUAUUUCUAUUACUGUUAUGCAUAUGCUUAUACUUUGCUCAAAAGUUUUACCGUAUAUUAUAAGUACAUCUUUAAAACUGAACAUUUUAUUAGCUCCAAUUUGGUGAUAAAUUAUGGGUGAUACCAAAUUAUUAUUAUCAUUUUUAAUAUAUCCCUCGCUGAAUUGUAUUGAAAUUCCUAAUUUCCUAGACUUUUUUCUUAAUAGUGUUGCAUUUUUUUUAUUUCUCUUAAUUUUGUUUUGUAUUUGAGUUAGGAGCAUUGUAAUGUAAUGAUUCCACGUGUAUUAAAAAACUAAAUAUUUUUCACAUAUUACAUUUCUUGAUUGAAAGUGAGAAAAGCAUAGUCUAUUUGCUGUAUUAAAUCUAUUUCUACACUAUUAUUUUAACGCUAUUUGUUGUUUGUAAUUCAGCAUCUUUGACUUUUUGUUAACUAUGUGUUCAUACCAAUUAUCAUGUGCUCAUAAGUACUUAUUUUAGUUCCUUAGCCAUAGCUUAGACUAUGUUAGUUUCAAUAUUGUUCUUAAAAGAGAAGGUGACUAAAUAUUGAUUUGAAAUUGAAUUUUAUUUAGUAUAUAUAUCCUGAUUUUAUCAUCUUUCUCUGCACCGUAAUUUAUAUUUGUUCAAUCAUUAAUAAUUUUCUUCAAUUUAUUUGUUUGUCGUAUUUCUGUGUGGUGAUUGCACUUUGAAUUAAUUUCUGUAAUAAAGGCAGGACUCCCUUGA